GACUUUUGGCGAGUACUUCAACCAACCCAUGAAUGGGAUCUUGUGAGUCUCUUGAAACACUUACGGUCGGGGGCUGUGCCCAACCUAUCGUCCAAGGAGACCAGCCGACCGCGGAGUGAGUGUCGCAGGUGGCGGGAAGCAUGGCAUCACUCCUGCUUGGGGUUGUUUCCCAAGGUGGUUCGUCGAUGCAUGGCCUCACUAUUAAUAGUUCAUUCGAAACGCCUAGGCGGUGUUGCCUAGGGUCGUCUACAUACUCACGUAUGUUUUGUUUUGAGUCAGGUUUCCGUGCAGUCUGUUGGCAAUGUGUCUUGUUUAGAUUCAAAAACUAAGUUUGCUGUCGGAGACGGAACAUACUGAAUUUUGUUGUAACCGAAAGAGUUGCAACGCAUCAUUAUCGCAAAACCGGGACUACAUGUAGAGCACAUUUCGCGUGCCCCCCGAACUUCCCCAGUGGAGAGAGCACGCGUGCGCUGUG